UCUCAAUAUCUACAGAAGAUUUUACUAGAUUUUCCCUUUUAUUAUGUCCAGAUAUAAGAACUCAUAGCUACUCAAUGCAAAUGUAAAAUCCAUUGAUGUACAAACAUCAGAAAAGAUAAAAAGCUUUUCAAUUCCUUGUUUCCUUCAUCUCCUUCAUCACACUUUUUUUUUUGCCUUUAAAUCAUCUUCAUCUCCAUCCUAUUGACUUUGUCACUUUAAACCCCCCAUUUCAGUUUCAUCUGCAAAAACAAAAAGAUAAAACUCCAUAGAUACGCAGGUUGUAUUCCUUCCUUUGAUACCUUUCUUAAAAGCCUAAAAUGGGGUUGGUUUAAUGUUAGUGAUACAAUCUAAAACAAACAAAAAUGGGAGAAAAAGAGAAACCAAAGCAGCAACAGCAACAACAAAGCUCAGCUGAAUCUUUCGAAGCAAUGAAAUCCAGUCUCAGUCAAGUUAUUGAGGGUAUAUCUUCCUUGAUUUCUCUUUCUCAUUGCAUCAGAGUUUUCACUGUUAAAUGGCAACUUAUUCGAAAGAAGCUAGAAGAGUUAAGUUCUGGGUUAAUGGCGAUUGAAAACUGUGGUUCAAGUUCUGCUCAAAACAUAGAGGUCUUUUCUGGGUUGGUUCCUUCCAUUUUAGUCACCGUAAACGAAUGUCACCGUCUCGCAAGAGCAUGUGUGGAUCUUUCUUAUAGUGGGAAACUCUUGAUGCAAAGCUACCUCGAUGUAAUACUUGCUAAAUUCGACAACCAUGUGAAGGAUCUUUCUGGGUUUUACACUACUGGGAUUUUAAGCCAUGGUUUCGCCAUUGUAGUUUCAAGGCCCGGUGUUACUGCUUCCAAAGAUGACAUGAGGUUUUACAUAAGGGAUUUAUUAACAAGAAUGAAGAUUGGGGAUACAGAGAUGAAAAAACAAGCAUUGGGUAAUUUAUAUCAAGUUUUGGCUGAAGAUGAGAGGUAUGUUAAACUUAUAAUAGAAACUGGUGAUAUUGUGAAUGUUUUAGUACAGUUUCUUGAUUCCCCAGAGGUAGAGAUUCAACGAGAAGCUUCAAAGAUUGUGAAUUUGAUCUCUGGGUUUGAUUUAUAUAAAGGUUUUUUGGUUAAAGCUGGGAUUAUUGGUCCUUUAGUUCGGAUUUUGGAGACUGGGAAUGAUUUGUGUAAAGAAGGAGCUGUUAAAUGUGUGCAAAAAUUGACUGUUAAUGCUGAUAAUGCAUGGUCUGUUUCAGCUCAUGGUGGAGUGACUGCUCUGUUGAAAAUAUGUUCUAAUGGUGAUUUUGGUGGUGAAUUGAUCGGUCCUGCUUGUGGGGUGUUGAGGAAUCUUGUUGGUGUUGAAGAAAUUAAGAGAUUCAUGGUUGAAGAAGGAGCUAUAUCAACAUUCAUCAAGCUUGUAACAUCAAGGGAAGACCUUGUGCAGAUCAAUUCAAUGGAGUUCCUUCAAAAUAUAGCUUCUGGGGAUGAAUCCCUUACUCGAAUCGUUGUUAAAGAAGGUGGGAUUCGUGCGUUGAUACACGUUUUGGAUCCAAAAUCGACCGUCUCUUCAAAAACAAGAGAAACAGCAUUAAGGACGAUCGAGGAUCUCUGCUUUUCAUCGCAAAACUGCAUCAACAUGUUGAUGAAAGACGGGUUCAUCGAUAGACUGUUGUUCUUCCUUCGCAAUGGCGAGGUUUCGGUUCAAGAAUCAACUCUAAAAGUGACAUCCAGGCUUUGUUGUGCAUCAGAAGAGGCUAAGAAAGCAAUGGGGGAUGCCGGUUUCAUCCCCGAGCUCGUGAAACUGCUCGAUGCAAAGUCAUACGAAGUGCGUUCCAUAGCAACCACAACACUUCAUAGCUUGGUCUCAAUUCCAAAAAACCGAAAACAGUUCAUCCAAGACGACCGAAACAUAGGCUGCCUCCUCCAAUCACUUGACCGAGACGAAGCCAUUUCAGGUAACAACAAAAAGCUCUUGCUCUCUAUACUAAUAUCAUUAACAAGCUGCAAUAAUGGUAGAAGAAAAAUUGCCAGCUCUGGUUAUCUAAAGAACAUAGAAAAACUUGCUGAAGCUGAAGUUUAUGAUGCCAAAAGACUUGUUAGGAAGCUGUCUAGCAAUCGAUUUCGUAGUAUGCUGAGUGGAUUAUGGCAUUAUUGAAUGUAGUUUCUAUUUACUGUAUAUCUAUAUAAGUGUUUUUGGCCUAAUCUUUGAUUCACUUGAAAUGUUCAUUGUGUCCAACAGCUUUUUUUGUGUGUUUAAUUUGUAAUAAGUAGGAAUCUUAAUAAAAAAGCUGUUCUUACA